GAUGUACAGAGUUAUGGGUAGUGAUUAUUGCACAUUACAUAAAUCUUGGAUAGGUUUUCCAAAAAAAAUGAAAAUGAUACUAAGUUCAAAUAAUGUAGAGCUACUGUAAACAGGGCACUGUAGGACAUGCAGGAAACAAGUGUGUUCUGCAAUAACCAAUCAGACGGUCUGACCUCUUACAGUACGACACGUCUCUUCCUUCGCUCACAAAGUCACAGAGAAGUCUUUAAGUGCAGACAGUCAACAUGGUUGCGUUGUGGGUUACACUGCUUCUUCUUCACCCAGUAUAUUCUCUGGUCCCAGUGAUCACAGUUGAUCUCAACAAACCUGUGACCUUCACAUGCGUUUUACCUGAAGGAGUACUGAGCAGUAAACCAGUCCUCUGGUACAAACAAAGCGUUGGAGAGAAGCUGAAAUUAAUAGCAGUACUGAAAUCUAACAAACCGCUUUUUGAGCCAGACUUCUCAGAUGGAAGACUUGAAGCUAAUCUAAACAAGAAAAUCAGCAAUCUGACAAUUCAGAGGGCGACUGAUGAAGACGAGGGAAUGUAUCACUGUGCAUUUGUGGACUGGACUGUUAUUACCUGGACUGGGAUGUAUUUGACAGUAAAAGGAAACUAUUCUGUUGUUCAGAGGCCAAUGGUCUCUGAUCCAGUCCGUCCAGGAGACUCAGUGACUCUCCAGUGUUCAGUCCUCUCUGCCUCUGACAACAAGUCAUGUCCAGGAGGUCCCAGUGUUUACUGGUUCAGAGCUGGAUCAGACCAGUCUCCUCCAGGAAUCAUCUCCACUGAUGGAAACAGUGAAUGUGAGCAGAGAUCUGACUCUGUGAAGAGCUGCGUUUAUCGCUUCUCUAAGACCAUCAGCUCCUCUGACGCUGGGACUUAUCGCUGUGCUGUGGCCACAUGUGGACAGAUUUUAUUUGGAGAAGGAACCAAACUACGGAUCGAACCAAACAUUAAUUCUGAAUUCAUUGCACUGGUGAUAUUAACAGUCUGUUUGGCCAUUUCUGUGACUGGACAUAUUGUUUUCAUCUGUUGUCGAAGUCCAGUGUGUAAUCAUUUAAAAGGAAGUGUCUCUCCACAAGCAGCACAUGCCACCUCAAGCCAACAAGGACAGGACAUAAAUGACCUCAAACAUGAUGUGAACUACGCUGCGUUACACUUCAAAGAUCGAAAAGCUACAAGAGGAAGAAAAAUUAAGGAGUUCAAGAAUGAAGAGUGUGUGUACUCUCAAACAGUCAACAUGGUUGUGUUGUGGGUUACACUGCUUCUUCUUCACCCAGUAUAUUCGCUGGUCCCAGUGAUCACAGUUGAUCUCGACAAACCUGUGACCUUCACAUGCGUUUUACCUGAAGGAGAACUGAGCAGUAAACCAGUCCUCUGGUACAAACAAAACAUCGGAGAUAAGCUGAAAUUAAUAGCAGUACUGAAAUCUAACAAACCGGUUUUUGAGCCAGAUUUUGCAGAUGGAAGACUUGAAGCUAAUCUAGACAAGAAAAUCAGCAAUCUGACAAUUCAGAGGGCGACUAAUGAAGACGAGGGAAUGUAUCACUGUGCAUUUGUGGACUGGACUUUUAUUACCUGGACUGGGAUGUAUUUGACAGUAAAAGGAAACUAUUCUGUUGUUCAGAGGCCAAUGGUCCCUGAUCCAGUCCGUCCAGGAGACUCAGUGACUCUCCAGUGUUCAGUCCUCUCUGCCUCUGACAACAAGACGUGUCCAGGAGGUCCCAGUGUUUACUGGUUCAGAGCUGGAUCAGACCAGUCUCCUCCAGGAAUCAUCUCCACUGAUGGAAACAGUGAAUGUGAGCAGAGAUCUGACUCUGUGAAGAGCUGCGUUUAUCGCUUCUCUAAGACCAUCAGCUCCUCUGACGCUGGGACUUAUCACUGUGCUGUGGCCACAUGUGGACAGAUUUUAUUUGGAGAAGGAACCAAACUACGGAUCGAACCAAACAUUAAUUCUGAAUUCAUUGCACUGGUGAUAUUAACAGUCUGUUUGGCCAUUUCUGUGAUUGGACAUAUUGUUUUCAUCUGUUGCCGAAGUCCAGUGUGUAAUCAUUUAAAAGGAAGUGUCUCUCCACAAGUGGCACAUGUCACCUCAAGCGAACCAGGACAGGACAUAAAUGACCUCAAACAUGAUGUGAACUACGCUGCGUUACACUUCAAAGAUCGAAAAGCUGCAAGAGGAAGAAAAAUUAAGGAGUUCAAGAAUGAAGAGUGUGUGUACUCUCAAGUCAAUAUUGAACAUGAAUCUGUAUGACUCCAUAAAACUGUCGUUUGAAAGUAUGAAUACUGUAUAAAAAUGAUUUCUUUGCAAACUUUUUGAGAACCAGAGGUUUGAUCACAAUAAAUAAGAAAACCAUUCCACAGACGUGCUGUUUAUGUGACAGUUUAAAAAAUGGCUUUUGUACAUUUAAUCUUUCACUAUAUUACUGUAUAUCACACAUGUAUUCAUAUGCUUGUUGUUCUAUUAUCUUACAAUGAAAAGUACAAAGAAAUGAGACCAGCUGCAUAGCAAAAA